AUGGCUGUAAUUUAUGAAGAUUUCAAAAAAAGAAAUGCAAUCAAUACCAUGGUUGAAAAACUUGAUGAUGUGGCUUUUGAGUUGAUUCGGGUUGCUCGUGAAGUUGGCAAAGAAGGAAGAUUAGGAAAAAAACAAUGUUUAGAUGCUAAUAAUCAUUCUGAACAAGUAAGAGAUAUUGCUGAAGUAUGUACUGUUGUAGUGCAUGGUAGUGAACUUGGGAUAAGAGCUCAAGUACAAGGCAUUGAUGGAGCUUGGAAAUUGCUUACCGAUAAUGUAAAUACAAUGGUUGCAAAUUUAACAGCUCAAGUUCGUGAUAUUACUGAUGUGUUAAAAGCCGUCACUAGAGGAGAUCUUGGUAAAAAAGUGACUGUUAAUGUAAGAGUAACAAGGGUAUCACUUGAAGUAGGAACUAAAGGAAAAUUUGGCGGCCAAGCAAAUAUUAAAAACGUUGGUGGAUUAUGGAAAGAUCUUACCGAUAAUGUGAAUUUAAUGGUUUCUAAUCUUACUGCUCAAGUACGUGACAUAGCAGCUAUGUGUAAAGCAGUAGCAUAUGUUGAUUUGUCUAGAAAAGUAAGGGUUCCUACGCAAGGCGAAGCGCUAGAAUUAAAAAUUAUUAUAAGUACUAUGGUAUGUAUGUUUGCUACCGAAGUAACUAGAGUGGCUAGAGAGAUGGGUACUGAAGGUAUUCUGGGUGGUCAAGCUGAGAAUCUUACUUCUCAAGUAUGUGACAUUGCUAAUGUUUCAAAAGCUGUUGUUCUUGGUUAUCUGAUAACAAGAGUCUCUUUAGAAAUAGGAACAGAGGGUAAAUUAGGUGACCAGGCUGUUGUUGAAGGUGUUGGUGGUACUUGGAAAGAAUUGACUGAUAAUGUGAACGUAAUGGCAGCAAAUCUCACAACUCAAGCACAUUCUAUUGCUGAAGUUAUGACUGCCGUGGUUCAUGUUAAUUUCAGUAAAAAAAUUACUGUUGAUGUCAGGGUAGCUAGAGAAGUGGAAAAUCUCACUGUCCGAGUGCAUGAUAUUGCUAAUGUUUCAAAAGCUGUUGCUCAUGUAACAAGAGUUACUAGAAAAGUAGGGACUGAAGGAAAAUUAGGUGUUCAAGCACAAGUUAAGGAUAUUUCUGUUGCUGCAACCAAUGGAGAUUUUAUUCAAUUUAUUACUGUUGAUGCAUCUAGCAAAAUGGAUUCGCUUAAAACUAAAAUAAAUCAAAUG